AUGGUUCUUGUUCCAUCCAGAGAAGACCUCUAUAUUGUGCCGACCAGCGUCCAGAACGACUCGCCGUUACUCGAACCGACUGUGCUUCCCAUUGAUCAAAUGCGACCGUCAACCACACUGCAGUCGCACCCCGAAGCUGUGUCCUCUGUCGAGUCGCUGCCUACUUGUGCGCUACUCACCUGGGAUGGCUGGCCAGACGGCACGUUCUUCUACUUGUUCACCCAGGCCAGCUUCAAUGAGACGAAGAAAGCGAGUUUAAACUGGGUGUGCUCUUCCGAACGAUCGACUCGUGGGGACCCAAAGGCUCAGACGUGGAAUAGAGGAUGCGAAACUCGGAAGCGGUGCCUGGGCUGUUUUAUGUGUGAGUCACCGCGAUGCCUCACUCCAGUUUGCGUUCCUGCCCGGGCGGACUUGGAUCCUUCGCUUGUCCUAAAGCGCCACUUCUGCUCUUGUGAAGCUUGUCUCCGCUUCAUCUCAUGUAACGUUGUGGCAUCAAUCUUCAAGUACUCGGGAGGAGCUAUGUUUUUUAACCGUGGCCAGCACACACACCCGAGAUACACGCAUUCACUCCGUAAAUCGCGGAAUGGGUCUGUGAGUAUCAUGGAGUUUCUCCCUCUGUCACCGAUUGCGCUACAGGGUGAGAUCAACGAGUCCUGUGACGAAAUCAACGAAGGGUGGCGGGGAAUUGAGCCCAAAUUACGAUGCACUUCACGGGCAGGCACCGAAGAGGAGGUGCAUGAUGAAGAUUCCGUUGAUGCGGAGUUGAGUGUCUCUGACGGAAAUGUUCAAGAAUAUCUUGACAUUGAUGAAGCUGAGAGGUUAGAAAUGGAGCAGGAUCCAGGGGCAAAUGAUUCGUCUUAG